AGGAAUACAUUUUCUAAGGGGUGGUGUUUAUGCAAAUAAAGGAUGACGUAUUCUUUUCCUAUUGGACAAGAAAACAACGUUAUUCGACGAAUAGGAUAGUUUUCUGUCACAGUCCUGCACUGUCUAUAAAUAUAUUUUUUCAGCUUGUACUGCGUUCUCUUCCUUUUGUACGCAGUUUUUUGCUGUGGUUGCUCGUCACUAUGUCUGGACGUGGGAAACAGGGAGGUAAAACUCGAGCUAAGGCCAAGACUCGGUCAUCUCGAGCAGGCUUACAGUUUCCUGUGGGCAGAGUCCACCGUCUUCUUCGCAAGGGCAAUUAUUCCGAGCGGGUCGGAGCCGGCGCCCCGGUGUACCUGGCGGCGGUGCUGGAGUACCUGACCGCCGAGAUCCUGGAGCUGGCGGGCAACGCGGCUCGCGACAACAAGAAGACGCGCAUCAUCCCGCGCCACCUACAGCUGGCCAUCCGCAACGACGAGGAGCUCAACAAGCUGCUGGGCAAAGUCACCAUCGCUCAGGGCGGCGUCCUGCCCAAUAUUCAGGCCGUGUUGCUGCCUAAGAAAACUGAGAGCCACCAUAAAGUCAAGGGCAAGUAAAAUCAACUUAGGUCGGAAAACGUAGCUCACUUGUCCUAUGCUGUGCUAUUUUAAAGGCUCUUUUCAGAGCCAUCAUAUUUUCACAAGAAAAGCUGGUAACUCCGUUAUGUUUCAGAGAUUUUUUUUUUAAUUCUUUCGUGUUAGCAACAAACCUUGAGUGUUCGUGAAAGAUAGUGAUGUUGAGACAUUAAAUGUGUUCCGAGGAAACAUGUCGCCCCUUAAGCACUCCAUUUUAGGGCAUACCGGGUAAGACGAAUCAAAAAAUACAUUUCGAGAAUAAAGGCGAGGCAGGUAUGUCACUUGGACUGGGGGGGGGGGGGAGACAAAGGGCAAGGAAACUUGCCAUUGGCUAAUAACAAAGUAGUGGGGACUUUACAAAUUCUUAUCUUUAGCAAAACAUUGUCCAGCAUAAAUCGGGGAACAUUUGCUGUGAUCCAGUGGGUAUCCAGCAGCAUUGAUAACUUACAAGCAUGAAUUAUAGGUCCCACUCAGACUCACAGAAUCAAAAUUUACAUUUUAACACGAUCCUUAAAUGCUUUGAAUUAUGUACACUACUUGGUGGUGGGAUGAACUAGAACAUCAGAAUGUUUAUCUUCUCAAAUAACAGACUGAACUAAAGGGUUAAGCCGGGCGGUAGCAGUUCAUCCAAUCAGAUUCUCUACUAAUAAACCAAUCUCUGGUCACUCUUCAGCCAAUGAUCUUGUCGCGCGGGACUUUUGAAAUAUCAUGUGGCCAAUCAGAAUGCUUCUAACUCUAUUUAAGGGGAACUUAAGCUCAGUUCUGAACAGACUUUCCGCGGGUUUUCAGUCGCUCCAAAUGGCCCGUACUAAGCAGACAGCUCGCAAG